AUCAAAUGUCUUCAUUUAAAGCUUACCUGGAUUUGGCAUUCUGCCCAUCUUUUCCCAAUCUCUUAACAAGCUACUUUCACAAACAGUUAAAAACAUGCAUACUGAAAGGCAUUCCUUUGCAACCUUAUUUUUAAAAACAAGGAACUCUUUAGCCCAGGGAAGACUUGGGAAAAGAACAGUUCCUCUCCGAGUUUGCAGCACGUGAAUAUGGGAUUAGUGGGUGGGAUUGAGGUGUGCUCAGGUGCAUAAAUACAGGCUUGGGCUGAGCCAGCACACUAGGAAGCUUGGACUGCAUCGAGGCCAUCUGGCUCACAGACAGAUUUGCCAUGGAGAAGAUUUCAGUGUCAGCAUUCUUGCUACUUGUGGCCCUCUCCUACACUCUGGCCAAAGACACCACAGUCAAACCAGGAGCUAAGAAGGACACGAAGGACUCUCAACCCAAACUGCCCCAGACUCUCUCCAGAGGUUGGGGCGAUCAACUCAUCUGGACUCAGACAUAUGAAGAAGCUUUAUACAAAUCCAAGACAAGCAAUAAACCCUUGAUGAUUAUUCAUCACUUGGAUGAAUGCCCACACAGUCAAGCUUUAAAGAAGACAUUUGCUGAAAAUAAAGAAAUCCAGAAAUUGGCAGAGCAGUUUGUCCUCCUCAAUCUAGUUUAUGAAACAACUGACAAACACCUUUCUCCUGAUGGCCAAUACGUCCCCAGGAUUAUGUUUGUUGACCCAUCCCUGACAGUUAGAGCCGACAUCACUGGAAGAUACUCAAAUCGUCUCUAUGCUUACGAACCUUCGGAUAUGGCUCUACUGCUUGACAACAUGAGGAAAGCUCUCAAGUUCCUGAAGACUGAAUUGUAGAGAAAAAACAAAAUCUGUGAGCUCCUCCCUUUGUGUUGGGCCUUGAGACUUGGAACCAGAGGAGAUUUUAGAAGACUGUGGAGAAGGCAGAAGCACUGGUGAACCUACUGAUUAGAUUAUGGUUUCAUGUUACAACAGCUCUUUUUUUAAAUUUGGUUUUAAGUAUACAUGUAUGAAAACAAUAUCUUAUACAACCAUAGUGAGCCAUGAUUUUUAAAAAAAUAAAUCCUUUUAGGGGUGUUCAAACUGUUCUUUUUUCCCCCAAUUUGGUGUUUCACAGAAAAGCUAUUCAGUUCAUUCACCAAAUAGGAUUUUCAGACACACAAAAUGUUCAAAAAGAGGACAAGACAAACCUAGUUCAAGAAUGAAGCCCAAAAACAAAGUUAUCAUCUCAUCUCACUAUAGUUUCUCUCUGGGUGACUAAAAGUAGACAUGAGCUUGAACAACAGAAGUAUCAAACAAUAUGCUCUAGUGUGAAAAAAUAUUUAGAAAGGCAUCCCAUGAAAAUCAAUACCUAAUUGAAGACCACCCCUCCUCACCCUGGCCAGAAACUCCAAUGGACACUCUUGAAUUUAGCAAUCUAAUUUUAGUUAGAUUUUGCUCUCAGAGAAAGCCUCUGGCAGGUAGCUUUCUCCUUCAGAAGACUAAUUUUGUAAAAAAAAGGUCAUUCAAAGAACAUCUGUAUCCUUAAACACAACCCUAAUGAAAUCGUGAAAAUUAAACUCAUAAUAUAUUUGGUUUCUUAAGGUUUUAGAGUACUGGUCGGGAAUAAAUUCAACUGAUAUGUUCACAUCUUCUUCACCCAAAUGUGACCUGCUGGGUAAAGAGCAAAGGGCACUGACAUCAUGUCCAUGUGGUAAAGAUCAGAGGUUACUACUUAUCUUUGGAAGAGGUG